GUGUUUUUCAUGGGAUCCUAUCGCCAUCACUUGAAGUACUAUAGCUGUCAAUCACGUACUGCUCGUGCCAUAUGGCGUGAUUCUAUUAUUUGAUAUUUAUAUUUUUUUUAUCCUACAUUUAAAUUUCUAACAUUCCAAAAUCCAAAGUGACAGUGACACAGAAGUAUUCUUUGAAUAAUAGAAAAAUGUGUGCAGCAAGAAUUUGAUUGAACAUCUUGUUUGAGUUGUUUUUAAUUUUAACAAUUAAUCUGCUUAAUAAUAAAAUCUUGAUAAAUUAUGUGUAUCAGUACCGCACACAUGAAAAUCGACUCUAAUUAAGGUCCCACUUGAAUAUUCCACAUGUAUAUAUGUAUGAAAACAUGCAUCCGUUUAGAAAACACAAAGUAAGAAAUUAAUGGAGACUUUUUGGUUUUCCUUUGCUCUUCUGAUCUUGUUGCUAAAUAGCAUUACGCUUUGCUUGGGGUCAGCAAUCUUAAAUUCUGUGACAGACAAAGAUGCCCUUCUUUCCUUCAAAAACUCCAUCAUAUCCGACCCCGACGCUAUCUUGAGCACCAAUUGGUCGAAAAAUACAUCAGUUUGUAAUUGGAUUGGCGUGACGUGCGGCCUCAAGCACCGCCGCGUCACUGCCCUCAAUCUCUCUGGAUACGACCUUGCCGGAAGUGUUGCUCCACAUCUCGGAAACUUAUCGUUUCUGAGAUAUUUGGACGUGGGUUCCAACAGGUUGAGAGGGAUCUUACCAUUUGAGCUCUCUAAACUGCGGCGUUUGAAGGUGAUGAAUGUGGGAGGGAAUUCAUUCACCGGAGAAAUACCAACAUGGUUGGGCAGUUUGCCUCAACUGGAGCAACUCUAUCUCUGCAACAACACAUUCUUAGGUACAAUUCCUGCGUCUUUGUUCAACAAUUCCAAGCUGCAGGUCUUACAUGUGAGUUUCAAUUUAUUGGGUGGGAAUAUUCCAAAGGAGAUUGGUAAUAGCUCUUCCCUCAAGGCAGUGAGGAUAAGCUACAACCAUUUGAGUGGGAAUAUUCCACACCAGAUUGGAAAUCUUUCAUCCCUCCAAAUAUUAUACUUGAACCAUAAUAAGUUGAGUGGGUCAAUACCAUAUGGUAUAUUCAAUGUGUCUUCCAUGAUGGAAAUUAAAAUUAGGAAUAAUAGCCUAUCAGGUGGGCUCCCAAGAGACAUGUGUAAUAAUCUCCCAAAUAUGGAAGUACUUGCGGUUUCCAGCAACCAACUUUCUGGGGAGAUUCCACAAAACAUAUGGAAAUGCAGAGGCCUUCAGCUCCUUCAAUUAUCCAUCAAUCAUUUCCAUGGAAAAAUCCCAAGUGAAAUUGGGAGUUUGAGCAUGCUUAGAGAGUUGUACCUGGGCCUAAACAAUUUCCAAGGAGGAGUUCCCCCAGAAAUAGGGAAUCUUUCACGACUACAAAUAUUAGACAUUUCAAGUGCCUCUCUAGCUGGAAAUAUUUCAUCUUCCAUUUUCAACAUGUCUUAUUUGACAUCCUUGGGCUUCCACAACAACAGCCUAUCGGGCUCACUCCCAAGUGAUAUGUGUGAUAAUCUCCCAAAUAUUGAAGCACUUAAUCUUUGGGGGAACCAACUUUCUGGGGAGAUUCCACUAAAUAUAUGGAAAUGCAAACACCUUCAGAUCAUGGUAUUAUCCAGAAAUCAUUUCAGUGGAAAUAUCCCAAGUGAAAUUGGGAGUUUGAGCAUGCUUAGAGAGUUGUACCUGGAUGUAAAUGAUUUCCAAGGGAAAAUUCCACCAAAUAUAUGGAAAUGCAAACAUCUUGAGAUAUUGGAUUUAGACUACAACAAUCUCAGUGGCAGCGUCCCACGUGAAAUGGGAAAUUUCAGCAUGCUUAGAGAGUUGUACUUUGGGUAUAACCAUUUCACAGGUCAAUUACCACAAGAGAUUGGUACUCUACCAAUGCUUGAGAUUUUUGAUGUGUUCAACAAUUCCUUAUAUGGCUCCAUCCCAGAUUCCAUAUUCAACAUUUCAACCUUGAAGAUAUUAGAAUUUUCAUUCAAUGAGUUUUCAGGUACUCUUCCUGCAGACAUAGGCCGUUCACUUGUGAAUCUUGAAUUGCUUCUUUUGAGUAACAACAAACUCAAUGGCCCAAUUCCAAUCUCUAUAGCCAAUGCUUCUAAACUUACCAACUUGGAAAUAAGCAAGAACUCAUUUAGUGGUUCCAUACCAAACUUUGGUAACUUGAAACUCCUACAAGUUCUUAACCUUAAAGGAAACAAUAUGAGUGGAGCCGAAUCCCCAACUCAGGAAUUGACAUUUCUCUCUUCAUUAUCUAAUUGUACAAAUUUGGAGCAUUUGGUUGUAUCAGAUAAUCCAUUGAAUGGUGUCCUACCAGCUUCAAUUGGGAACUUUUCUUCUUCUCUUGAGACCAUUUGGGCAUCAAACUGCAACAUCAUGGGUGUCAUUCCUUCUGAAAUUGGAAACUUAAGCAGUUUGUUAGAGUUAUAUUUGUAUGAGAAUCAUCUGAUCAGUGGACCCAUUCCACCAACAAUUGGGAAUCUAAAGCAACUCCAAAGAUUAGAUCUUAGUGGCAAUAAAUUGGUAGGGUCUAUCCCUAAUGAUUUUUGUCGAAUGAAUCAUUUGGGGGUGUUAAGCCUUGCAUGUAAUAAGCUCGUAGGUCCAAUACCUGAAUGCUUGGGUGAAGUCAAAUCCUUGAGAGAGAUCUACUUAGGCUCCAACCAAUUGAAUUCCACUAUCCCUCCCAACUUCUGGACUCUUACAUACCUUCUAGUUUUGAACUUGUCCUCCAAUUCAUUCAAUGGCCGAUUGUCAUCUGAGCUUGGAAAGUUUAAGGUAAGCAUCUCUUUAGAUUUGUCAUCUAAUCAAUUUUCAGGCGUUAUUCCCAGCUUAAUUGAUGGUUGCCAAUCAUUAGAAUUUUUGAACUUAUCAAAUAAUUUGUUUGCCGGAUCCAUUCCUCAAUCCUUGGGAAAGGUUAAAGGUUUGAUAACAUUGGAUUUAUCUUACAAUAAUCUUUCCGGAUCCAUACCCAAGUCCUUAGAAGACCUCCACUUCCUUGACAAUUUUAAUGUUUCCAACAACAAAUUGGAGGGGGAAAUUCCAGAUGGGGGUUGUUUUUGUAACUUCACUGCUCAAUCUUUUUCCCACAACUUAGCUCUUUGUGGUUCAGGAACAUUUCAAGUUCCACCCUGCCUAGAAAAUCAUCAUAGACCAAGGUUAACGAAAUUCAUGGUGUUCUCAGUGAUUUUAGCUGUCAUUGUGGUGAUUGUCAUGCUCGUGCUCACAAGGAUUCGUAAACAGAAAAAAGUAGCACUCGUCCCUUAUAUUUCACCACCAGUUACUGAAUGCAGAAGAAUUUCUUACAUUGAAUUGGAACGAGGAACAAGUUGUUUUAGUGAGACCAACCUACUUGGAAGAGGGAGUUUUAGUUCUGUGUUCGAAGCAACACUUUUUGAUGGGUUAAAAGUUGCAGUAAAAGUGUUCAACUUGCAAUUACAAGGAGCAGCAAGGAGUUUUGAUGUUGAAACGACUAUAUUGAGCAACAUUCGACACAGAAACUUAGUUCGAGUUAUUGGAUGUUGUAGUAAUACAGAGUUUAAAGCAUUGAUUCUCACAUACAUGGCAAAUGGGAGCUUAGAUAAAUGGGUACAUUCCAACAUGUGUCAUCUGGAUCUUAUACAAAGACUAAAGAUAGUGAUAGAUGUUGCAUUAGCCUUGGAAUAUCUUCAUCAUGGCCAUACUUUCCCAGUUGUUCAUUGUGAUGUAAAGCCAAGUAAUGUGUUGCUUGAUCAAGACAUGGUUGCUCAUCUUGCUGAUUUUGGUAUUGCAAAACUUUUCGAUCAAGGGGAAACUGUCAUUCAAACACAAACAUUGGCAACAAUUGGUUAUGCUGCACCAGAGUUUGGAAUGGAUGGGAAAGUGUCGACAAAUGGGGAUGUAUACAGUUUUGGGAUACUGUUGCUGGAGAUGUUCACAGGAAAGAAGCCAACAAAUGCUAUAUUCAAUGAAGAAAAGAGUUUAAAAGAGUGGGUAAGUGAAGCAUUAACAGAGCAAAAUGCAGCAAUUGAAAUUGUGGCACCUACGUUGUUAUCAAGGGAAGAAGAUCCACAUUUCUCUGCAAAAGAGCAAUGCGUCUUGUCAAUAUUUGAAUUGGCAAUGAAGUGUUUAGCUGUUUCAGCGGAUGAAAGAAUCAACAUGAAUGAAGCCGCGGCUACUCUGCACAAGAUCUAUGCAACAUUGCUAUCAGCUAUAGAAAGGUGUCGUCCAUGAUAUGCUUUCUCUAUUAGUAUAGAUUCACAAUAAUGGAAUUUGAUGUUUGUUUCAUAGCAUCCAUUCUGAAAGUUUUCUGUUGCAAAACUUAUCAGUGUAAAGAUGUAUUGAUAUAUUGGAUAAGUAUGAUUGUAAUAGCCCGGCUCCAGACUUUUCUAGCGUGUUUUGUAUCCUCACUCGCGCGCUUGAUGUGUGUAUUUUAGUUACUUAGUUA